AUGCCUACGCCACUAGACAAUGCUUUGAAGUCGCGAAAUGCAUUUCUCGCCUUUUCGGGCUUGGUGACCGGCGUCGCUCUCUGGGCUAUAUGGGGAGGGGACAUGUUUCCGGCCGAGGCAGACCCCAGGGGAGAUCCAUCAACAUGGUCUAGAGAAGAAAUGAGGAGAUGGCUUGCAUCGGUAUGUUACUCUCGCAACCUGCAUCCUGCGGAGACGGACAGUCGAGAAGAGCUCCUGGAGCGGAUACGGGCAAACCUGAGAAUCCCGAGGCAUUAG